GCCAAUAAUGGUUUUGUAGCGACCUUCACACUGCAAAUGAAUAACUUGUUGCAUAAACGAUGAGUGAUUCGUCGGCAAAGUUUCAUCACUAUUGUCAGUUUUACCUUGUUUCGAUCUAAGCAAAAAACGACCUACAAUACAAUCUAGUCAAUUUCAUGGAUAUACAGUCAUGAGCAGUUUAAUGUCUCAAAUUCGUUCCCUAUUUCGUCCUGUGUCUAAAGUUGGGGGAAGUAAUAAUAACUCCGAGGCAUUUUUAAGGAGAGUAAGGUUGUGUCUUCUUACUGCAGUUGCCGGUUACGACAAUAAGCACACGAAAUAUUCAACGAGAAUUUCACCAAAAUGGGUUUACGGGGAUGAUGCUUGCUUCUUAUCAAUAACAGAUUCUUCGUACGUCUUAGGUGUCGCUGAUGGUGUUGGUGGUUGGCGGUCAUACGGAGUUGAUCCUGGUCGUUUCUCUAGAGCAGUUAUGAAAAAUUGUGAGCGUGUUGUAAAUUCCGGUCGUUUUAUUCCCGACAAGCUAGAAGUUUUAAUUGCCCAAUGCUAUGAAGAUGUACUAAAUUCCAAGGAACUUAUUUUGGGUAGCGCAACCCUAUGCAUAGUUUCAUUACAACGUAAUGAACAUAGAGUUUAUGGCGCUAGUCUAGGUGACAGUGGCUAUUUAGUUAUACGCGAAGGACAUGUGAUUCAACGUUCAGUCCACCAGAAGCAUUCAUUUAAUACACCAUUCCAGUUGUCUUGUCCACCUACGCUUCACUCAAGACGUUUUCAUUGUGAUUUACCUAAUCAAGCUGCCCAAACAUCUGUAGAAGUCAAACCAGGUGACAUAAUUAUCGUGGGCACAGAUGGCUUGUUCGAUAAUUUGACAGAGUCAAUGAUAUUGCAAGAGGUAAAAACCAUUGAGUUACUUCCAAACUGUACAAUUGAUAGUUUAAAACAGUGUGCUACACGUCUUGUAGAGCAAGCUCGAAGUGCUGCGUUCGCUCCUGAUUUCGUUUCUCCAUUCGCUAGUGAAGCACGUCGUUACGGUAUAAACAUUGCAGAAGUUGAAGGAAUUUGACUCAAUCACCAGGCUUAACAUCUAGAUUUAAAGGAGAGUACACAAGUUUAUGUUUGUUAAAUUGUGACUAAGCUUGAUAUGCUUAUUCCACAGAUUUGAAGUCAGUUAACAUGUAAGAAACUUUAAUGAUGACUUCUUGAGGAGUACUUUGUGUAACUGCUGUUCUCCCAGUUAUUCUGUCUAUUCUUCAUUUCCUUACAAUGAGUAAAAUAUUUUGCGUGGUAGACUUCAUUUGGAGCCUACUUCAUAAUUCUACUUUUAUGUAUUAAGUAAAUAUAGAUCACAGCAAUUAAAGUUGAUGUUAAAAUAUUUGAUCAAGUAUUUCGAAACCUUUCUUCUCAAGUUUCAUGACAAUUAUAGACUUCUUGACAGUUCAUUAUAUGGUUUUUAUUUUUAAGUAUGUCAACACUGAUUGCCUUUCAAAAAAUUGGUUAUAAUGUUUCCUAUGUACCUGAAAUAGAAACAGUGAAAUAUGAUUGUCUUCUAAAGUUAAUCAUUUUUGUUUAAUUGAAUGGUUGUAGAGAUUCGUUAGAUUUUGUAAUUGUUUACAUCACGAGCUAACCUUAGUUGAGGAGUAACCAAUAAGAAACAGCAAACACUGAAAACAUCCGUCUUGUCCUAGGUUAGAACUUUUGAACCCGAUCUCGGAAAGUUCGGUUGGUUUUUGCCUACUUGCAACGCCUGCGAUAUAGGCAAGAUGUCCAUCCAUCAACUAGAAGACGAAUAUACGACGCAUUAGUUCGUUUUUGAACCAACACACAAAUGUGCCAGUUUCUAUGUUGUUUUUGAUUGGCUGAGAUUAGAAUUUCUCAACACUAUACACCUACAAACCCAUCAAGGAUCAGACUCAAAUUCUGUGAGCUUCAUGUGAUGUAUGCUUCCUUUGGAUUAAUGAGCUAGUAUUUGAUGGUUCACAUUACCAAUUUCAGUUAGUAGUUCUCGAUAUAGCCCAAUAUCGGUGGGUAACUGUCUCACUUCUGACGUUUUUGACUGUGUGUAAGCAUUUAACAAAUGACGUGAUCAGAUUACCAAUCAUAAACCAUAUGCAAAUAAGUAAUCCAUACCUAAAGUUCUUGAUUGGGUUUAUAAACUAUGUUAGUCACUUUCUAUUCAAAGAAGAAGUCUGGCUACAUAAUAUAGAACAGUUAAAUGUUAUACAGGUGUCUAAUAGUCUUAUUACUUAUUUGAACACAUAAACAUUGGU